AUGGCGCGUACGCACAAGACGGCCCACAUCAAGGCUGCGAUGGCGGAGAAAGAGCGUCUAGCCAAGGAAUCACGACGGGACGACAUCGCUCGCGUGCAGGAUGCGCGUACGCGGUUCGAAAGGGCUCAAGCAUUAAAAACUGUGCAGAGAUCUCACCCCCGCGGGUAUAGACGAUGGAAAAGAGAAAAGUCCACCGAAAAUACUUCGGAGGAGCGACCUGGUGACGCGGAAGCGCAGGAGGACGAAGACGAGAAUGUCGCGGAAUCAACCGGUGUGGAGGCCAAGAAAUGGCUCGGAUAG